CGAGAACCACUCAGUUGAGUCGACGUCGACGACCAUCAGCUCAACACGUGCAGGCCAUGGUCUAGGAUCUUUAUCAAGCUUGAACCCGGCAUUGGAAAAGUCCUGGAUUCGCAAACCUCGAGUCCCACGUGGUUAGCCCGAGCGUAUGCGUUUUGCGACCGCCCUGGAGCUACGGACGCCUCGGCACGCUCCUGGACCAUUGGGAUCUCUCAGGGCGCAGCUUGACCCAGCAAGAGCGGUCUAAAGGGGCCUUCCAGCCUCAACAUGGUGUCCCUGUCGAAUCGAUGCGACCAGAGCAAGAGCCCUUAUGUCCGUGCCCAUAAAGACAAUCCGACAGCAUGGCAGCUGUGGACGCCCGAGACACUCGACCUGGCCAAGCGCCAGAACAAGCUGCUCUUCGUGAGCAUCGGGUACAGUGCUUGUCACUGGUGUCACGUCAUGGCGCAUGAGAGCUUCGAUCACCCUGGCAUUGCUAUGCUGCUGAAUGAGAAAUUCAUCCCGGUGAAGAUCGACCGAGAAGAACGUCCUGAUAUUGACAGGCAGUACAUGGACUUUGUUGUGGCAACCACUGGCCAUGGCGGAUGGCCAUUGAAUGUCUUCGUUACGCCUGACCUUGAACCCAUUUUUGGAGGGACCUAUUGGCCUGGAGAAGGCUCUGACGAUCACGGAAGCAUGACCUUUGGGGAUGUCUUGAACAUGGUGAGCAGGAUGUGGGUGGAGAAUGAGGCCAAGGUUAGGGACAGUGGGAAGCAGAUCACCGAGGCUUUGAGGAGGUUUGCCGAACAGUCCAGGGUCGAUGAAGACCACCAAGACGGCAAUGACGCGAGCUUGGAACUUCUCACCGAGUCGGUGCAGCAUUAUAAAGGCCAAUUUGAUAAAGCCCACGGCGGCUUCGGGGAGGCUCCAAAGUUCCCUACCCCGGCCAAUCUUACACAUCUUAUUCGCCUGGGAUCGUCUGGGAAAGAAGUCAAAGAUGUAGUAGGAGAGGAUGCAUGCACCGAUGCCCGUGAGAUGGUACUACAUACCUUGCGAAAAAUGGCACGCGGCGGCAUCAAGGACCAGGUCGGCAAUGGCUUUGCUCGCUAUUCAGUUACGCAAGAUUGGUCGCUUCCGCACUUCGAGAAGAUGCUCUAUGACAACGCUCAGCUGCUGCCCCUCUACUUGGACGCAUUCUUGUUGAACGGCGACAAAAUCUUUCUUGACAUCACAAACGACGUUGCGAAAUACCUGACCAGCCCUCCCAUGACCUCAUCAGAAGGGGGUAUUCAUGCGAGCGAGGAUGCUGAUUCUGCGCCCUCCACGGCGGAGAGCAACAAGAGGGAGGGCGCAUUCUAUGUCUGGCAUUAUAACGAGUUAGACGCGCUGCUGGAGAAGGAUGAGUUGGAGAUCUGUGCACGAUAUUGGAACAUCAAACCCGGCGGAAACGUUGACAGCGAGCACGACAUCCAGGGUGAGCUCGCGGGCCGGAACACGCUGAGUGUGCAGAUGAGCACCGAGGAGCUAGCCCAAUCUGUCAAUGAGACCCCAGAAAGGGUCGAGGAGAUUUUAAAUCGAGUGCGCUCAAAGAUGCUCAGCUACCGCGAUGAGCGCAGACCGAGACCAGCUCUGGACGACAAAGUUGUCACCGCCUGGAAUGGCCUGGCGAUAGGCGGCCUUGCACGAGCCAGCGCAGCGCUUAGAGCGGCCGGUCAACAUGACGACGCAGAGCCUUACCUCGUCAGUGCCAAGAAGGCAGCAAGCUUCAUCCGCGAACAACUCUUCAGCCCCGGGCAGGACACGCUGCGGCGUGUGUUCCGCGAAGGCCCUGGAGACACCCACGGUUUCGCAGACGACUACGCGUACCUGAUCUCUGGCCUGAUCGACCUCUACGAGGCGACCUUUGACGACGCACACCUUGAGUGGGCCGACUCGCUACAGAAGACCCAGAUCCGGCUGUUCUGGGACGGAAGUUCUCAUGGCUUCUUCUCCACCCCAGCCGACCAGCCCGACAUCCUGGUGCGCUCCAAGGACGCGGCGGACAACGCGGAGCCUGGCACCAACGGCGUCAGCGCGUGGAACCUCCUGAGGCUGGGGUCGCUGCUUGACGAUGCCGUGUAUGUGGAGCAGGGAAAGCAGACGAUCGCCGCGUUUGGGCCGGACAUGCGGAAACAACCUGCUGCAUACUCCAGCCUGCUAGAUGCUGCUGCAGCGGCUCGUGUGGGGCUGAAGGGUGUGAUGCUGGCAGGAGAGGGCGAGCUUGUCAGUGCUGCUAUCAAGAAGCUGCACGAGACCGUUAGGCCUGGAUGGACGGUGCUGCGUGUGGGAGGCAGCGCGAAGAGUGAGUGGUUGAGGGGCAGGAAUCAGCUGCUCAAAGACUUGGAUGGGACAAAGGAGAUGGUGCAACUUUGCGAAGGCAAGACAUGUCGCCUUCUGGGCCACAAAGACAUCGAUGGCUUGGCGUUGUAAGCAUGGUGCCGUUGUUACUUGUACCUUGACCUGAAAUGAAAAAUUUCACGUUGUAGCCAUCGAAAUGAGUGUUCUGGCUUUAAAGACUGGGGCAGUCUCAUAAAAGACUUGACGUUUUGGAUCUUUGAGAAUUCGUUGAUGGGACGUUUUUUGACAGC